AGUCAUACCGCAGUCAUCAUGCGGUUUGUUGCACGCAGUCUGGAAUCUUUUCGAAGUUGUUAAGUUUUAACGGCUUAGUUUAUAAGGCAGAUUUUAUUUGUUGUUCUUUGGCAAUAGCACCUGUAAUUGAAUUGUGUAUUUCCGGAAGAUGUGCGUACGGUUUUUGUGGAGCAUGCAAGUCUCGGCUCGUGACUGUAGAAGCUCCAAAUCUUAACUGUUGUUUCUAACGAUAUCUAGGCCGAUCGACACAUCAUUUUAUCAAGCGCCAGAGCAGGUAUCUCCCGACUUUCAUUCGGAAAAUAUUUGUGAACUGAUGCUGAUGCUGAUUAAGGAAAUCUUCCCUCGGAAGUGGCAACUCGACAAAACAGUGUCCUGUUUUCACCGAGGCUGUAAUGCCUAUCUGGCACUGACAGUGGCAGAUUCACAAGAUUCUCGAGUUAGGCGAGAGCUGGAUUUCUUAAACGUUGCCAGUUGUGAUUCAUCUUGACUGCACUUGGCUAGCAGAGGAGUCAUGCAGGAGAGCCAAAUUCCUCGUUUCUUACAUUAUGGUGCAUCCGUGCGGGUCGGUAAUUUAGAUCCUGUCCCAGUGAUAUCGGUUGUUCCCGAGAUUUUUCUGUAAUCGGUAAUCUUGCUGAUUAAAUGGAACUGUGGACAGGAACAGCCGACGCUGUUCGUCGGAAUCAUCUCUUGUGCGCUACGUCUGCUCUGCUGUGCUUGCUGGCCUCAUUCCCCGCAUCAGUGACAGCUGCGAAGACUACACUAGUCACGCACUAUCAGGUAUCACUGGACCGUUGGUACUCUGGGACGGUUAAAGCGGAUGCCAGCAUUACCUUCACCUUCGACUAUAAGUCGGUGGCCAAUGAAACCAGAGCUCUCCGGCUGCAAGUGGCCAGCACCAACGCCACUUCCGCGCAGCCCAUGAUUGUGGUGGUGCGGGAGGCCAAACGGGUGACAUCCUGGGAAAUUCCCAUGUAUCUGGAGAAGACCUAUCCCUACUGGGCUGUCAGGAGGACGCUUUGCCCGGCCAAAGACUUCUUGGAUUAUGUGUUGGGAACUGCUGGAAAUGGUAGCGUACCGGUAAAUCAGCAGCUCUCCGUGGAUAUUACUACGCAGUCGACGGUGCCCAUCGAAUAUUACUUUAACAUCUGGUUUGUUCCAGGUUUUAUACUUAAAACCAACAAAGUCAUUGAGUUCCGAAUCUCGCCGUCGGCGCCGGCAUUUUUCCAGUACCAGAUGCCGGAUGGAAUUGAUCGUGUGCUGGUGCGCACUUGGGCACCUAAAGCUGACACGGUAUGCUCGUAUCUGUCCGUUCAGCCGGCUUACUGCCCAAUUGCGGAUCUAUCGGGCGAAAUCACCGCUACGGGAGAGUAUAUGACGUUCACGACACGAGCGGGUGUUCUGAUCAAACGGGAGGAUGUGCAAAACGGCAAAUUUGAUGUGGCGCUCGUGGCUUUAUCUGAAGACCACAAGUGUGUCAAGCAACAGGGGUGGGUACCGCAGCUGCAGAAAGACAAUAUUGAUAUUGCGAUUGCGAUCGAGCGCAAUCUGACUGGUGAAUGGGAUGAUACGACUUUAUACCAUCGUCGGGCCAAACGCGUGUACUUAGUGGUGGAAAAUGUCUUGUCCGAUACGCAGUACUGGGUGGCCGUUGGCGGUGUGGCGGGAUUUUAUGCCUUAUUCUAUCUGAUUUUUCGAAUUGCUUUGUUUUUUGGAUUCCUGACAAAACGUACCGUUAAUGUCCCCGAACGACCGGGUACGCCCGAUGUGGAAAGUAGAGGAGGAGCCUUAGGGGAAGACGGGCAUGAGAUGUUGCCCCAGACCAGAUCACGAACGGUCAGCUUUAAAGACGAGGAAGAUGGAGCUGCUAAGCGGACGAAAGCGAAAAAUAAAAUAGAACCAGAGGUCGAGCAGACUGAUGAUGGUACGAGCAGUCACGAUAUUAAAACCAUAACGCCCAAUGAUGGUCACAAAAAAAUCUUGCCCGAAAAUAAGGAUCAGAACGACGCCGGGCAUGCGGAAGGGAUAGAUGCUGGCGUUCAAACAUCGCGAGGUCUCUCUAACAUUCAUGACGGCAAAGGCGGAACCCGUUCAAACCCCGAACCAUCCGAUGACUCUUUGGUGAAAGAGAGGAUGGACAAGGAAAAGGAUGCGUCGACUGUAGAAGCGGAGGAGGAGGCUAAAGCCGUGGCCACUGCCGAAGGAGAACUGGCCGCGACCAACGAACAUCGGGAAUCACUCGCAACGAAAGCCGUUGUCACCGUCACGGAAAUCUCGAUGCGCCCUAUGCGACGAAUGCGACAACGGGAUCGAGCGUACAACUGGACGCUGUUAAUCAUUGCGGUUUUCUACUCGCUUCCGGUAAUUCAGUUGGUAUUGACAUAUCAAAGGGUAAUGGAAAGCACCGGAAAUAUGGACAUGUGUUACUACAAUUUUGAAUGCUCCCAUCCGACCGGACGAAUCAAUGAUUUCAACCAUGUAUACAGCAAUAUUGGCUACGUGGCGUUGGGUCUGUUGUUUUGUUUGAUUGUAUGGAAACGCCAUAAAUACCAUUAUCGCCAUGAGCGGGAAAUUUUAGAGGAAGACGAGGAACACGCAGUCGGUCUGCCGCCGCAGUAUGGAUUGUUCUACGCCAUGGGAAUAUCCUUGGUGAUGGAGGGUAUAAUGAGUGCCUGCUACCAUAUUUGUCCAAACUACACGAAUUUCCAGUUUGACACAUCUUUUAUGUAUCUGUUGGGAGGAUUAUUUUUGCUGAAGAUCUACCAGUCACGUCACUCUGAUAUCAGUCCCCAUGCGCAAGUGGCCUACGCGGUUUUCGCAUUUUGGAUCUUUAUUGCCGUACUGGGCGUCGUAAUCGAUCGGCAGUGGUUUUGGACGUCUUUUGCGGUGAUUUUGAUUGUGCUGUCCGUGCCGGUUGGUGUACAGAUUUAUUAUAUGGGCACCUGGAAAUUUGACCCCGGAAUGUUUUCCCGAACUUUGAAAAUAAUAUGUCAGCGUGAUCGAAUGGGAUUUGGAUGCACGCGGCCAACAGCUUUGGAUCGGUUCGCGUUGCUGAUGAUGAUCUUUAUAGUCAACUGGUUGUUUGCAAUCGGUGGCGCCAUAUUUACGCCUAGUGAUUUCUCCACGUUCCUUCUGACAAUUGUACUGGCCAACGCAUUUUUAUAUUUUGUAUUUUAUAUCGUGAUGAAAAUUCGAUCAGGAGAGUCCAUUCCGCGGUUGUCGCAAUUCUUCAUGUUAUUGGCGGGCGCGACAUGGGCUGGUGCCAUAUACUUCUUCUUUUUCAGAUUGACAAACUGGGUACUGACACCAAGUGUGAGUCGACAAGGAAAUAAGCGUUGCUUUUUCCUGGAUUUCUACGAUGAACAUGAUGUAUGGCACAUGAUGUCAGCUUGCAGCAUGUUCUUCAAUUUCAUGAUUCUCUUCACCCUGGAUGAUGAUCUCUUCUGCGUGCCCCGACGGGAAAUUAUCGUUUUUUGAUGUUUUAUUGUUGUGUGACACUGUGGCUGGCGUUAGUGGCGUAUAGGUGUGCCAUAUCUUCCGCUGUGGUGUGCUGCGCGAUGCUGCAGAAUGGAAAUGGCUGACAUAUGUAUUAUCGGGUGUGCGCUUCAGUGACCGCUACAGUUUUGUUUUUACUGAACUUUCUAUGUAAUUGUUUUGUAGAUGUUUUUAUGCUUGUGGUUCUAAUCGGUGAUUAUGAUCAUGUGUAUAAAUUAUCUGCGGCUAAUAAUUAGUCUUGGUUUUGUGAGUUAUCCAGCACUUCGGAGUGAAACGGGGUGUUGUGGCGGUUUUCCUUUUUGUUGAAAUGUACCGCAAAACAGUUUGCUCUUUUGUAAUACAUACUUGUACUUGACUUAAAGCAACUGAAAGAGAAGCCUACGUUUUUCUAUCCCGAAGUAAAUAUUAAAGUGCA